AUAGGACUUCUCCACCACAGAUUCUAACGUGUAGACGUAAACAGUGUUUCAGAUUUAUGAUUGAGAUUCUAUUUUGAGCAUAUGCAGUUUUCAACAAAAGCAGCGGUGUCUUGUUAUCUGCAUGACGAAGAAGGAUGAACAUUCUGCAGGACGGGAUGACAGAAAUGGCGAAAUGUUGGACAACAGCGAGUCAAAAGAACGGGUAACAUGGAGCAGCACGUUUGAAUUCGUAGUUUCAUUGAUUGGUUACUCCACAGGGAUGUCGGAUUUCUGGAGAUUUCCUUAUCUGGUAUGGAGAAAUGGAGGAGGUGCUUUUUUUGUUGCCUACGGUCUGACUCUGAUUGUUUGUGGCAUACCCCUAUACAUCCUGGAAAUCUUCAUUGGACAAUAUUCUGGAAAAGGAGUGUUCGAAAUAUGGAAUUUUUUCCCGCUUUUCAAAGGGAUAGGCAUUUCUAUCGCUCUACUAAAUUUAGGUUUUGUGACAUAUAUAUCAACAAUGCGUUACUGGCUGUUAGAGUACCUGAGACAGUCGUUCGUGUACGAGCUACCGUGGUCCUCAUGCGGACACACAUGGAACACUCAUUCAUGUAGGUUGUCGCAGGCACUAUUGUCUUCGAACUCCAAUGAAAGCCUAUGGAAUUCCACGGCAAUCACUACCGCGUACCCAAACAACACGGCAGAUAUUUCAGCAGAGGAGGAAUUUUGGCAGUACACUAUCUUAUCGCUGUCGAGUGGUAUCAAUGACAUUGGAUAUGUGCGAUGGUGGCUUGUGUUAUGGGCAAUUCUCCUCAAAGUAAUCACCGUUGUUUGUCUUCUGAAAAGCGUACAGAGUUUAGGAAAGCUGAUGAUUUUUACCGCAUUUCUGCCUCCGUUUAUUGGAAUGGCGAUGUUAAUACAAGCGUUGACGCAAAAUGGCGCCACAGAUGGUUUGCUCUUCUUGAUAACACCAGAUUUUUCCAAACUGGCAGACUCAAAGGUAUGGAUAGAGGCUGGAUUCAUGGCGUUUUACAGCCUUGGUCCAGCUUGGGGUGGUGUGAUGAUGAUGGGAAGUCAUCUGAAUUUCCACGCUAGCUGUCUGAGAAAUGUGCUGAUCAGCGUCAUUGGGGAUGUUUUUAUAUCGAUAUUCAGCAGUGCCUGCCUGUUCGCUGUCGUUGGUGUAAUGGCAAGCGAGAUUGGUGUUCCGGUAGAGGAUGUUGUUAAAUCUGGAAUAUCCAUUGGCCUGGUAGGCUACAGUCGGGCAUUGACCUACCUACCUGCACCUUAUAUCUGGGCUGUUGUGUUCUUCUUCGCUGUCACUAUUGUAGGACUGGAUUCACAGGUGGUUUGCACUGAGACGGUGGUGUCGUUCAUGGAAGGCUACAGUGCUCGGUUAGGUCGCCAUGGCCACUUACUUCUGGUAGUACUCGUCAGCAUCAUCGCCCUUCUACUAAACCUUCCUUUCUGCACACAGGCGGGACCGUACAUGUUCCAGUUGGUGGACUGGUAUCUACCAACGUGGUCGGUGGUAGUGAUAGCUCUACUAGAGGUUAUAGCCAUAAUGUGGUGUUAUGGCGGCGAUCGUGUUGACUCUGGUUUAAAAGACAUGACUGGGCGAAAAAUGCCACACGUGUUCCGCCUGGCUGCCGCUUAUAUAUCACCAGUCUUGUUUCUGUUGCUGCUCUUAACAAGCUUUGUUAAGUACCGCCCACCAACGUACGGUUCUUACGUCUACCCCGAGUACACUGACGUCAUUGGUUGGCUCAUCUCGUUUUCCAUUGUCAUCCCAAUACCUCUUCACAUCGUCUGGCAACUUAUCAAGUUACCGGGAACGUUCAAGCAGAAAUGGAGAAAGCUCACACAGCCGAGCGGUGACUGGGGUCCUAGUGACAGUGCCUAUCGGCUACAGUACCUGGAGCGGUCACAGACCGAGCGAUCAUUUACAGAAAUAGCCUACUACAAUUUCACUGGUAGAGAGAGAUACCCCACUCAGAAACACCGUGAAACGGUGGCAUUGUAUUGACUUAGGGACUAACAUGCGGUGCUCAUCAUGUAACUUGCAAUUGUUUAUACAUUAUCAAUUAUCCUGUGCAAUUGUUUAUACAUUAUUAAUUCUCCUGUGCAAUUGUUUAUACAUUAUUAAUUCUCCUGUGCAAUUUUGUAGUCAGUCGCUCUGUUCAUAAUCUUUCAUGUAAAUAUCAUCUUAAUCUAGGAAAUAGUGAAAACGUUUAAAGUUUGAUUAUCAUGUGUGUACAUGUGAGGGCGUUUCAAACAAAUCUAAAUAUCAAUUUUAUUAUGACUCUAUUUGAGGUUAUUUUGCUACCGCUUUACCUAAUUGUCCUGUCGUUGUAUACACUAUAGCAGAUAUUUGACGUGGGUUUAUCUCUUUACUUCGAUUAUGAAUGCAUUAUCCAUAUCCUUGAAGUCCCGACAAGCUACGUGAGCCGUAUAUUGUGAUGUUUGAUAACUUCACGGCUACUGAAUGCGUGAAUAUCGUUUUGCAACUGAUUUGCAUAUGAAGUACACAUAAAAGGGAAUAUAAAUCAUGGUUUGACAGAAAAAGCAAGUAAAUGUGCAUCCAUGCAAUGCCGCUAUUCAUAUGUGUUUUGAUGAUAACGUUUUGUAGUUUAUGUAUCUGCGUAUAAAGAAAUGUAUUUUAUAUUAAUUGGAUGUUUUAAGUACGCUACAUUAAAAUUGCAUGUAUACCAUUUUUAACAAUGUCUAAAAAUAUCCUUUUAACUCAGAUUUAAAAGUCCACACUUACCAUCAAAUGAAGGAAUGUGUUCAUAUCUUUCUAUUUAUGCCACACGCAGUUUGCCUCUGACAUCAUAUGUGGAUCUUUGAUGAAAAGAUUACUGUCAUUUUUUAACACAAAAUCUCUGCGGGCUUCAGAUGCAGAUGUUUGCGUUCAUUCUGUAAUCAACAUUUGAAACAAAUUUGAUUCCAUUCCUAUUUACAGAGCAGUAUACUUGCGGAUUAAAGAAACAUAUGCGAUAUGGCCCUAUAACUGAACCCUUUGUCCUUUGUGAACCAGUAAAGUAUGUCUGACACUCAUAGGAUCUAGAAGAUGCCGGUUGUAAAUCGGGUAAGGUUAAAUCACAGAACCUUGUCAUACGCUUUCCAUAAACAUGUUAAAAAACAACCGUUUCAGACACCAACUAUCACCAUACCAAAGCUAAUUUCUGCUGAAUAAUUACCUAUUGCGUAACGUUUCAGUAAAAAUCGACUAAAAUACAAACUGCUGAAAUGGGAACGAGAGCAUUACACACUAGCGAACAGGUAAAUAUAACUUCAUUAUGUCAUUGUCGCAAAGCACCAAAGCAUCAGUAAGAAAAGUGACUUGUAGAUAAAACAGCUAUUAACAUUUUUAAGUAUUGACAUGUUAAUGUUAACAUUUACAUCUCACUCCUUGUAUAGUAAUAAACUAACAACCGAAGGAACAUUUAUAUCAAAACAGUUUAUCUCUAUAUGUAAGUAUACGUUAUCAGAUAAACGGAACGUAUUCACUGAUGGCCUUUCCAUUGAAAACCUGUGUGCGCUCACCCGUGUACAGCAUUUUUAUUAAAUAUUGACAAAGAUGUCUUCUGAUAGUGAUGUAGGUAUUUGUAAUACCCAGUCUACAGUUUACUUACCUGGUACCAAUAUUGCUGCAUCUGUACUAUGAUGGAGGGUUAGUACGGGUUUUAUCUCCUGCUGGUUUAUAUGUGACUGUCCAAUAGUAAGGUCACUACAUAUAAACCAGCAACAAGUGAAGUCUCCAAAAACCCCCUGUUAAAGUACAAAACAACAGUGAAUGACAUCCUAGUCAUGCUUUAACUAUCAAGUAUGUAAGUACUCUUGGGAGGGUGGUGUGUCAUGUAAAAAAGUAGGUCACUUUGACCUAUGAUUUAAUCUUUGACCUCAUCCUUUGAAAUACAUUGUCCAGGACAUAUUUUCUACACCAAAUUUUGUACGCUAGUACAUCUUAGGAUGGUAGUGUAUAUGAUAUGUUUUAGCCUUUUGGCACCAAUAUUUGGAACUUUGAAACGUUCUGGGUCCAUCUGAAUGUCUAUAUUUUGAGUUUCGAAGAAAGCAUUAUUUCUCAUUUUAAACUUUUCCGUUUUCAACAGGUUGAAGAGAACGGUGCUCCUUAGCUUUGUUGAACACCUGUAGGUGUCAAUUGUUUGUUGUAUUCAGAAAUAAAAAUGU